CGGGGCGUUUGCCGGCGGCCGGUUCUGGCGGCGCGUUCACGGGCCGGCGGAGGGUGAUCCGGCUCUCACGAGGCCGCGGUGGGCGGCUCGGGCGGCGGCGGGGACGGGCCGGGCGGCUCAGGGUCCAGUGCCGAGCAGUGAGCGGCGGCCGCCCGGUGGGACCGGCCUCGACACAGAGCCGCACCAGAGCGCGUUCAGUGCCGCCGCACGCCGCACGGUUCGCUCUGCAGACGCGCGCGCGCUCGUCCUCUCUGCUCGUCUCUCGCCUGCACAGUGCACAGGAUAUGGAGCUUCAUCGGCCGCUCUUCGCUCUGACGGUGUUGCUGCUGGCGUAUGUCUGCCAAUCAGCGCCCGUGGACGAUGGCAGCGGAUUGGAGCAGGUCCGCCCCGGCCUGACCGUCUACAGAGCCUACGGACAGUCGCGCAGUCUCCAACUGAAUGAUACCGCCGCCACCGAGUCGGAGGCGGAGGCGGCGUCUGCAGAGGCUGCCCAGCCAUCGGAGGAGCCCAGUCCACAGGAGACGGACUCGGCAGAAGGCGCCGCGGAGAAGGCCAGCUCUCAGACGGCGCCGGGAGCCAGCGGGGCGCCGCCCACCUCCGCCGAGCCGGAGGUAGUCAUCCAGGAGACACCCACCAAGAGCCAGGAGGAGGCAGAGGCCGAGUCGGUGGCUGCCGACGAGCCCCCGAGCUCCGCAGAGGCUGUCCCCGCCGAGGCCACUGCUUCUGAGGACGGUGCUGCACCUGCCGCUCCCGAGCUGACUGAGCGGGAGACGGAACCCACCCAGCAGGAGGCAGAACCCGCCCAACAGGAGGCAGAACCUGCCCAGCAGGAGGCAGAACCCGCCCAACAGGAAGAGGCACUCAGCCAGGAGCCGCCUCAGUCCAUCCCCGAGCAGGCGGAGGAAAUUGUCACCGCGGAGGCGGACCUGGAACAGGCCAAGGCCGCCGAAAGCAAUGCCAUCGACAGCUCCGAUGUCGCCAGUGAGGUCACUCCGGACGAAUCUCCGUUGGUUGCCGCUGAGGUCGACGCCGACCCCAUCAAAGUAACCGUCUCCACGGCUGUUUCCGGGGCCCCGGUCGGUGAGAGUGAGGAUGUCACAGGCGCCGUCGAGCCCGACGUGACAGCAGAGAACACUGGGGAGGAGCAAAUGGCUCCUGAGGCGAUCUCCGCCACCGGUGAGGAAGACGUGACUGCAUCGGUCGCAGAACUUCUGGGCGGCGAGGAGACCCCUGAAGAAGUAGUCGCCUCUGAGAAGGCUGCUGCCGAGGCUGGUGUAGCCGCCGAAGUGGCUGAUGGAGCUGCUGAAGCGGCCGAUGUAGCUGCCGAAGUGGCUGAUAAAGCCGCCGAAGUGGCUGAUGUAGCUGCUGAAGUGGUUGCCGAGGUGGCUGAUGGAGCUGCUGAAGUGGCCGAUGUUGCUGCUGAGGUGGCUGCCCAAGUGGCUGCCGUGUCCCCUGCGGGCUCCUCGGACGAGGCUCCUCAGACCGAGGACACGAGAGAGUACACCGUGCAGACGAGCGUGAGCGACGCCGUGGACUCGACGGUAGCGGAGGUCAGCGACCUCAGCUCAGCGGAGGCGGUGGACAGUGCGGGGACCGAGGAGGAGCUGGCACUUGUCCAUUCCGUCGGCAGUGACCCCGCCGCGGCCGCUGCUGAGUCGUCUGACCCAGAGCCAGUGUCGGCCGCCCCGGCGCCACCCGCGCCGGCUGAGGAAGAGGAGGAGGACAUUCUGGCGGCCGUGUUGUAGAUCGGGUGUAUAUUUUAUUUUAUUUACAGACAGUGGUACAAGUUUCACCUUUAACAAAACCCAUGUGACAAGAUACAAUUGUCAAAUAUCUUUUUGACCGGAAUGUGCGCAUGACUGGCGCCUUGUUGGACACCACAGCCGAGCAUAGGCGGCGGAACGGGGGGGGGGGCACCGGGGCACCGUGCCCCCCUUGAAUUCUGCAAGGGGGGCACCAAUAGCAAGGUGCCCCCCUUAAAUUUGAUGUAUAAGUACCAGGGGCGGAUUCGGGAAAACUCCAAGGGGAGGGUCAUGAAUCGAAGUGGUGCCCCUACCUAUACCCAAAAUUAAAACCUCAACGGAUUUCGGCCACUUAAUUUUGGUGGUGCCCUAUUUUCAGUUUUUUAUUUUCUUUAUUUUUGGUUAGUCGUUGAUGACUGGUGCCCCUGCUAGACCGCUGGUGCCCCUGGAAAGACUGUGGUACCUACCUUCCCUGCCCCCUGACAAGCCUACGGUGGGCCCUGCACAUGACUUAGGUGCCCAUGGGCCCUGACAGGCCCGUGGUGCCCCUGACAGGCCUAAAGGUGUUCUUGCUAGGCCUGUGGUGUCCCUGGGCCUUGGCAGGUCUGUGGUGCCCCUGGCGAGCCUGUGGUGCCCCUGUUAGAACGCAGGUGCCCUUGACAGGUUCGUGGUGCCCCUGACAAUCCUAAAGUGCCAACGACAGGCUUGUGGUGCCCUUGACAGGCCCAUGGUGCCCUUGCGAGGCCGGUGGUUCCCCUGCGAAGCCGAUAGUGCCCCUGGCAGGCCUCUGGUACCCCUGGCAGGUCUGUGGUGCCCCUGAAAGACCUGUAGUGCUUUUGCUAGGCCGGUGGUGCUCCUGACAGGCCUGUGGUGCCACUGACAGGCCCGUGGUGCCCCUGCUAGGCCUGUGGUACCCCUGGCGGGCCUGUGGUGCCCCUGUCGGCUGUCAGGCCUGUGGUGCUCCUGGCAGGCAUGUGGUGACCCCAGGCCCAAAGUCAUGACCCAUGUGACCACCCCCCUGGGAUUCGCCACUGAUUAGUACUGCGAUGGCUUUUUGGUAAUUUGAUACAUGUAGGAUUAAUGAAAUUUAUCAAACGAGAAUAAGGAAGAGACAAACACAUAGGUACUUGAGGAUCAGCUUAAAGUUAACCACACAUACGGGUGUGAACUGCCAUUUUCGUGUAGUAAAAAAAAAAAAUCAUCGUGUCAGGGCUGUGACGAAAAAUAAGUGGCCUAAAUCCGAUGAGAAAACAGGAUUUGGGGGUACCCUAGGUUUGGCUCCUUGAGCUGGUGCCCCCCCCUUGUCUCAAAUCGUUCCGCCGCCUAUGCAGCCGAGCAGUGUGUGACCUAUCGUCGCAGGGACACACUGGUCCAAUAGAUGGCGUCCCGUUCGGGCACCCGAUCCCGUCUCUCGCACCUGCUCAGGGGGCGCCACGGGGCGGCUGUGCCGAACCAAUGGUGCGCUGACUGAGCUGGCGAUAUCAACGAACGCCAGUAGCACGCCCGUCGAUCGCGCAGUGAAUAUGUGGCGUCUGACUAAGCAAAGGCACCGAUUUCCAGCUGCCUGCGUGGGCAUUGCAACAGCUGGAAUGGUGGAUGCGAAAAUGUCACUCAUGCAUGGUUAUAGGAAAUAAAAAUCACUGCGCACAUGUCAACUGCACGUAACUCAGACUUACUUUAGGGGAAGACGGGGGAACACCGACACCCUUAACCUUUUAGGGUCUAGUCACGUAAUCUUUGGCCAAAUGAUCAAUCUCUCAGUUUCAUUGGAUUGUCGCAUCAAUUUUACAUACAUCAACCAAAUGUUUUCUUAUUGUUCAUAAUUGCACUAUUCCACAUUCAGUAAAUGUCUACAUUUUUCGGGGUAACACCGACCGUUGAGUAACACCGCCCGAGCUCAGCAGGCAACAAAAUUUGCAGAUUGCUGGACUAACUAUUAACCCGCGCCCCGUUGGGCUCUGCCGAGCAACGCGCCCCGUUGGGGGGGGGGGGGCAUUUUGGCCCCCCCCCCUAAGAUCUCGAGAACCACGCAACGUAGCGACAAGCGGCAAACGGUGUUGGAUAGCCCUAUCAGGGAACUACCUUGUGACCCAAUUUUAUUGACCUAGGUCAAACCGAUGACGUCACAGGUCAGGUCAAAGGUCCAAUUUUCACCGUUUACAGGCAUUUCAAGAAAUGAGUUGUAAAAUCGAGUAAAAUGCAUUUCAUUGAAAAUCAUCGAUGGGGAAAUGCUCUUCAAACACAUUUUGCUAGUUGAGGUCACUGAUACCAGGUCAGGUCACUGAGGUCAGGUCACUGGGGGGUCACAAUAUGAAAGUGUCGUGUGAUACAUGUUUUAUGGUCCAUUUUACAUGACAAAUGCGAUUAUGUGGGUCAGGCAGCCUUUGGGGCCAGCUUAGGUCACGUUUUGGUCAAGGUCAGGUCAAGGUCAGGUCAAGGUCAGGUCAAAUUAGGUCAAAUUUCAAAGUUGAUAUUUUUGCAUAAAAUGGGUAUCGAAUCGAUGCAGCUCGUCACGGGGAGUUCAAUGGUGGUCUUUGUUUUGCCGUACGAGGUCUAGAAUCGCUAAAAAUUGAGUUCAAAAAUUUGACGUCAUCAUUUUUGAACAGUUUUUUCGCUAUAACUUGGCCAAAAAACGAGAUAUCGAUCUGAAAUUUGGUAUGUAUAUAGAAGAGCGCAGGGACUAUCACAUAUAUUCCGGUUUUUUCGAAAUUCGGAAAAAUUUUGGAUUUUUUUUUGUUUUUCUAAAAAAAUCAAUUUUUUGAAUUUUUUUGGGUCAAAAACCCAAAAUUUUGAAAAUCCGAGAUAGCAGUUUUGUAGCGCCGUUUUUUGUCUAUUAGACCAUAUAAAGAACUUUGAAAUUGCUUGAUAACUGUAGAUUUGGUGAGCGUUUCAAGAUUGCAUGUUUUUUGCUCAUUUUUGCUCGAACAUGACCUCAGUUUGACCUCAAUAACUCCUGACCUAAGGUGACCUAAGACUUGAAAUUUGGUGUGAAGGUGUCAAAUUGAUGCCCGGAAAGGUACUGAAAAUUUGGCGGCGCUGCGCGCCGCCGUUUUCUUGCUAUUCAGGAAAAACCACAGGGGGGCCAAAAUGGCCCCCCCAACGGGGCGAGGGUUAAGUUGUUCUUCUUAUCGUAAAUUUCGAGGCGUUUUAGUAUAAUUAUAAAACACAGUCGAAACGAUUUUAUUGUAUCCCUGGUACAAUGUAGUACUCAUUUAUAUAACAAGACGACUUAAAGUCUCAAAAUUUCAUUUUCUCGAAAUUUUUCAUUAGGUAUCCUCAUAAAAGAAAACAUAGUAACAACGUUAUUUCUUUACUUGAAAUGCGCCACUCCUGGGUUAGGUGUCACAAUGUGCUUUUAAAUACCGAAUUUCCCAAGUGGGCGGUGUUACCCAAAAGUGAUGUCGAUUACGGUAAAUCUGAAUACCGAUACCACAGACUUCUCUAUAUAUGGACUGUGCGCUGAUUUGGGAAAUCAGCAUUGGAGGCCCAAAUUUCUGAAGCCGUAAUAUGAACCCAUAUGUUGUAGCACAAUACCCUUUUAUUGUUUCCUGUCGACAGGCUGAAUUUUAUGUAAUAUAUUUUGUUUUUGUACUAUC